GACUAGUGGUUAUUGUUACACAGUCCCAAACUAGAAAGCAAACCGAGGCCCAGUCGUCACCCAGCACACGACGAAUUUCGCACCUGGCCGCUCCCUACCAGAACCCCCCGCUUCUGCUUGCCAUCGGCCGCGUGUAUUGUUGGCCGCAGCGAGAGAAAACGAUCGCCCAGGGGAACGCACAAACAACAGAAUCGGAACUAGCAUGAAGGAGACCCGCCCUUCGCCGUUCAAAUACGACAUUCGUGUUACAGGCGAUCUGUAUGUCGACAAAGACGACCAUGCCACCUCUACAAAGGUGUCUGUGAAGAUUCGUGGGAAUGAAGAUGGAGAUGUUGUUGUCGAGCAGGACGACGCGCGGAGUCUCUCUUCGCCGACGCCUAGCGAGGAGGAGGACGGUGUUGUAGCCCGGAAGCCGCAGUUUACGCAUACGCAGGGCAAGGACGGCGUUUUGCAGCUGCACAUCAAGGCGCUGCCGAUGAAAAAGAUCAGCAAGCAAAAGCCGGCGCUGCUGCCUGCUCCAACGGAGUCCAUAUCUGGCGGCGGCGGAAGCAUUACUGUCGAAUCCCCGAGCCCAUCCCCCACCAGGCUCAAGGCAGCGAGCUCGUUUGGUGGUUUCUCGCAACAGCAGCAGCAGCAGCCGCAGCCCAGCCGGGCUACUACGCGCCUGAGCGAGUACAGCCGGGUACGUGCGUUCUCAGUCGACCCGAGCAUUGUGGAAAUUACGCCGGCGUUCGAAGGUGAUACAGAAAGCGAGCGCACUGACAGUGUGAUGGAUUCAUCGAUGCCGGUGCUGGUGGGUGGUGGAGCACGGUUCCGUCCGCGCAGCUCCACCUUCAGCGCCGUGACGACCGAGGACAAAUGCACGAUGACGACUUUCCGCGGCUACCCGGAAGAGCUGGCUCGUGCAGCCAGCAGCACCCCCACCGGCAGAGCGUCGGUUGCGCAGUCCGUGAGCAGGGCAUCAACAUUCUCUGCCCCUUUGAACGAGAGGUCACCAAGCCCUGCACUAUCAACAGCCUCAUCUGUGCUGCGUGGUGGCGGCGGCGGCGGUGCUGCAACUCCCCAGAGUGAACCGCGGCGGUCUGGGACCGACCACGAUGUUUUCUCUGCAUUCAACGGACCGCCUGUGGCGCCACCUGAGGGCCAGGUUGGCAGCUCGGCAAGACCGCGAUCUAUGUCACGCCAGCCACUGCGUCCGCGCACGUCGGCCAAGGACAAGAUCAACUACCGCGAGCGCGCCGAAGCGCUCCUGACCCAGUAUUUUCCGCCAGAGGUGCUGGCAAAGUACCUCGAUGAGCUGCGGCGGCGACACCGGUUCAUGGGACCAGGCGGCAUUCCGGCAAGCGAGCUGGCGCAGUACCUAGACGACACGACGUCGGAUGCGGAGCUGAAGGAGCAGCUGCGGGCGAGCUUUGAGGAGCUUGUGCGGGCCCCAGCAUCUGGCAACUCGUCAGACUACGAGCAAUCGGCAACCAGCAGCCAGCGCAACUACUUGAGCAUCCGUGAUACCGAGCUUAUUGACGCGCUGGACCGCACAAGCAUGAGCCCCGCACCAAAGAGUGAGCGCUCGUGUGCGCCAUCGAGCAUCCUGGUCGGCGGCGGUAUGUCCAUGGAUAUGACGGAUGCGAGUGAGACUGCAUCGUCGCAUGAUCAGAGGCACUACGAUACUAUUCGGACUGAGGGUGUCAGUGUUGCAGCGUCGGUGAAACCUGUCGAGAGUGAGAAGGGGAGUCCUGCGCUCAAGCCGCUCCAGACACGACCAGAGUCUGCCAAGUCGAUGAAAUCAGUGAAGUCGGUGAAAUCAGCUCUAUCUGUGAAGUCGGCAAAAUCGGCUCUAUCUGUGAAAUCGACAAAAUCGGCUCUGUCCACCCGUGAGCCACAGCAGGAGGAGAUGCCGGUGAUGCUGGCAUCGUCGCGUGCUAGCCCAGAGCCUGUACUGGCUCCAGAGCCUAUUCAGACCAAGCCGGAACCGUCCAGCGAGGCACCGCGGUCCCAAAAGCCGACACAGCAACCUCACCAGCAGCCACGCCAGCAGCCACGCCAGCAAACUGGCAAUGGCCCAUCGUCUCCACGCCCAGGACCGCCACCGCGCCAGGCAGGCCCGCCACCGCGCCAGUCUGGACCGCCACCGCGCCAGUCUGGACCGCCGCCAGGCAGAAACCAACCACCACCUGACAGUGACAAGUUCUGGGAAGAGCCCGAAAAAUUCAAGCUGCGCAAGCCAAACAUGACGCAGGCUUUUACGGUCCUCAAGUCGCAGCCCAUCUUUGUGCGCAACAUGCCGAGUGCCAGCUUUGACUUCAAGUCGCCGUUCAGCGGUCGCUACAAUGCACCCAUGUCGCCUGAACCGGAACCGGAGCCCAGCCGCGGCAAAUUCAACGAGCGGCACCCAGCCGAGGCCAAGGUUGCCAAGGCAGUCAGCGAGCUGGAGGAAGUGCUCCGGCGCACUGAGGCUGCCACCCGCCAAAAGAUCGAGGAGGAUUUGCAGAGUUCGUCAGGAUACGCGUCGUCGCACCAUCGGCACAGCAGCCCGGCACCCUCACGCAAGUCACGGUAUAGCCAUGCCAUGUCCGAUGAGGGCAUCGUCAACGACAACGAGUCAGUGAUCUCCCAUGAUUCGCUGGUCGGGGGCGGUGCAAGCGUAGCUGCUGGGUCGGCACGGUCUGCUAGUGUCAUGACCCGUGUGUCUGCACUUAGCAACAAGGGCAAUGACAAGCAGUCUGAGGCUGGCAGUCGGUACAAUGGAACAAACACCACUGUCCGCACUGAGGAGCUGCUCCGCAAGGGUAUGGACUAUGAGGACCAUGCGAUGGAGGAUGAGGAAGAUGAGGCAGUGGUUCCAGUGGAGCCUGUGGUGCGGAAUGACUCGGCAGUUAGCCUGCCGAUGAACCUGGAUGACAUGCCGCCGGAGCUUGCUUCCGUGAUCCGGCGCACAGGUGGUCUCGACAACACGAAGCUGCGCCGCACAGCGACACCUGCCAGCGACCGCAACAGCAACACCCCGCUGCCUGAGGAUGACCGCCAGUCCACCAGAUCAGCGGCCUCGGCGACCAGCAAGGCGAUGCCGAACCAGAGCCUGACUGAGCUCGACAUUGUGAUGGGCCGCACGGGCCAGGCAAGCCGUAGCAGCAUCGUUAGUUCGCAGGCCAGCGUCCUGCGCGGUGGUAGCGGUAGCACCCCGGUGGUCCCCAACGACAGCGAAGGCGAGCUAUCAGCUGUAAUGCGCCGCACACAGGCGGUCUCACCAGCGCCUAGCACUGCACGCGGCAGCGCCAAGUCGCCGGUUGUGGCCAACGAAAGCGACGACGAGUUGGCUGCAGUCAUGCGUCGCACGCACGGAUUUGCACCGCCCGCCAGCAGCUACGAGCCGUCGGUUGUGUCUAGUCGCGACCUGGAGUCACGCGUUAGUGAGCGCAAGUCACCAGUACCCUCGGAAGGCAGUAGCUUGAAACCUGAUUACGGAUACCCGGCGAGGAACCGCACACCGUCGGCUGCUUCCACCCAUGCCCCGCGUCAGCAGCAAUCACCAUCUCGGAGCCCGGCUCCGCCGACGCCUAUUUUCGGGCGGUUCCCGUCGCCACCGCCCUACAUCAAGAACCGCGGCAAGACCCAGCAGCAGAUGGAGAACGAGGAGGAGGAACGCCGGCAGCAAGAGAUGGAGCAGCAAGAGAUGGAGCAGCAAGAGAUGGAGCAGCAGUACCAGAAUGGCCCACCGCCUGCCCAGCAGCAGAGCAGGCCGCAGUCGUACUAUGCUCCUAGCAGGGCAUCGAGCCAUGCGCAAUCACAGCCGCGCCGCAGCUCGGUCGCUGGAUCGGUGGCAGCAUCUGUGGCACCCAGCCGGCAGGGCAAACCAACGCAGGGGUCAGAGUUUGGCAGCCAGAGCACACUGAUGUCGGCCAACGUGCGUGACGAUUUCCAGCUGCCCAAAGUCAUCGAGGAGGACAUUGACUCGCUGGCAUCCUACCCGAGCUCGAACCGUGGCACCAGCCCCAACUUGGUUGGUGGUGGGCGGGGCAGCAACCCGAACGAGCCAUCCACCCUGCGCGGGGGUGGAGGCAUUAGAGCCGUGAUGAGCCAGAGCGAUAUGGAUAUCCUGCGGCAUGGCCCGCCUGCACGCCCUCUGUCGACGGCCUCGCAUGGCGGCAAGGCGCACUCGUGUGAUGGUGGGUGCUGUGGCGUGUGCGGUAAGGGUGUGACCGACACAGAUGCUGUGGUGCGUCCACUAGUGAUGCACGCCAGCUGCCUCAAGUGCGAGGCAUGCGGAUGCGCACUGACCACGUCGUCAUUCCACGCAAUCGAGGGGCAUGUGUAUUGCGAGCAGCACUCUUUUUGCAGCACAUGCGCAUGCAGCGCAAGGCCAAUGGCGAGGCCAGCAACGGCGAGCUGGCGCUGUGCAAGGCCGACCCAGCCCAGGUGGCACGGGCUGGCGAUAUCGACCUGGACCGCCAGACGCACUUUGAGCGCGAGCAUGUGACAUCGCCAUCCGGAACUCCAUACAUCCGCGAGCGCGUGAUCGACAAGAAGACCAAGACCAAGGUCCUGGAGAAGCGCUAUCCCGUGGCUGCCAACUCUAGCGAGGCUAGGAAUGCCACACCACAGCAGUCGACGCUGAUGGGUGGUGGUGGUCGGCCACAGGUGGUACCGUCGCGCGUAGAGGCUGCACGGCCACGCGCUGAGUCGUC